AAGGAAGAGUCAUCAAAGUCAAGCACUUUCUGUUGGCCCUGUAGGAAAGAUUAGCAGCGAACUAGUAAACCUUGGUGCUAGCUUUAGAACCAAAUACCAUUAGCCCACAGGAAAACAAUUGCUAGAAAAACCAUGGAAGAGAUAAAUGACAGCCCACUUAAGCUACCCUCCCUCUCUAUGCAAGAUGAAUAUAAGGACAUUACUCGCUUUCUUGGGUUAGCUGAGAUUGAAGAUUAUUUAUCAUGUGGAAGUGCUUUUUGACAAGAUCAUCAAGAUGCUUCUCAACAUCAGCAGGCAACAAGGCACUUAAAUGGUGGGAUCAUGUAGCCCCAGCUCCAAAAGAUCCCAUUACUAGUGUUACUGAGGCUUUUCUUGCUGACACUAGUCCCACAAAGAUCAAUCUUGGAGUGGGAGCUUAUAGAGAUGAUGAAGGGAAACCUGUUGUCCUUCAAUGUGUUAGAGAGGCUGAGGCAAAGAUUGCUGGUUGUGACUUCUUAGGUAUUGGCAGGGAGUCGGUCUCUUCUGCAGUGAGUUCAAAACUGGUUGAGGACAGUGUCAAAUUGGUUUAUGGAAAGAAUUCGGACAUUAUAAAAGAAGGGAGGUUUGCUGGAGUUCAAGCUCUAUCAGGAACCGGUGCAUGUCGUCUCUUUGCUGAGUUCCAGAGGCGUUUCUAUCCUGAAUCUCAAAUAUAUAUGACUGAUCCAACUUGGUCCAACCACCAUAACAUAUGGAGAGAUGCCCUCGUUCCAGAGAGAACUUUUCACUACUACCAUCCUGAUUCAAAGGGUUUAAAUUUUUCUGCUCUUAUGGAUGAUGUUAAGAAUGCCCCAGAUGGUUCUUUUUUCUUACUCCACCCUUGUGCUCACAACCCAACUGGGGUUGACCCUACCGAGGAACAGUGGAGAGAAAUUUCGUAUCUUUUUAAGGUAAAAAAUCAUUUUCCCUUCUUUGACAUGGCUUAUCAAGGUUUUGCAAGUGGGGACCUCGACAGGGAUGCCCGAUCAAUCCGGAUUUUUGUUGAAGAUGGGAACUUAAUAGGUUGUGCUCAAUCCUUUGCGAAGAACAUGGGAUUAUAUGGACAUCGAGUUGGUUGUCUCAAUGUUCUCUGCAAUGAUGCAAAGCAAGCAGUUGCAAUUAAAAGUCAACUGCAGCAGAUUGCCCGGGCAAUGUAUAGCAGUCCUCCUGUUCAUGGUAUAUUACUGGUCUCAGGUAUUUUGAGUGAUCCUAAUAUGAAAGCACUUUGGGUCGAAGAGGUGAAGGUGAUGGCAAAUCGCAUUCAAAGUCUGCGGACUGCUCUGCGGAAAAGCCUUGAGCAAUUGAGUUCUUCGCUCAAUUGGGAACACAUAACAAAUCAGGUUGGGAUGUUUUGCUUCUCUGGCUUGACCCCUGAGCAGGUUGAUCGGCUGCAAAGGGGAUUUCACAUUUACAUGACUCUUGAUGGACGUAUGAGUAUGGCUGGUGUUACCACAGGCAAUGUGAGUUAUUUAGCAAAUGCAAUUCAUGAAGUAACCAAAUUUGGUUAGGAAGCAUUGAUUAUCUGUAACAGUCUCCAUCAGCUUACAUGCGACUACUGAUCAAUUUUUAUGCUGCUAAAGACUUGUUUAAGUGAUGAUAACUAUACAACCACCGAUUGUUGAGGAGCUGGAGACUAGAAAUUUCAGACAUGACUCAGCUUAUUAUUGUUCUAUUUUAGGCUUUGUAAAUAAUCAAUCUACAUUUUUACACAAAAAUAUCAAUCUAUAUAGUGAUGCAGAUGGGACAGAUGAAAUUGUACACGCUUCUCCCUGAUAUGAGCUUCUGAGUUCUAAAAACUAUUUUAUUAGAAUGUUUGAUGAUUUCUUGCUAA